AUGCAAAUCAAGCUUGUUCUUCCUAAAGACUGGAAUGUUGGGUCGGGUCCGGAGGGCAUCACUGUUGCGCUUCCGAUUACUCCAAGUCGCCACCACACCAUCGAAUCAUUGACAAUAUAUGGAGCAGGCGAUCUUAGCCGCAUAUUCUUUCCGCGCUCCUUUACAAUCUUCACCAACCUGCGCUAUCUAAAUCUCGAGGUCUACUCACUGGUCUAUCCCGUAGACCCAAGAGUUACACCACCUCUACCGCGUCUAGAAACGAUCAUUUUCACAUACUCCGACGGAAUACAGUCCAUGGACGACUGGCUAAUUGCAUGCCCAAAGUUGACCACUGUCGGCCUAUGGUACACCUAUCCGGCAUUACCGACUCUAAAAGUUCUCGCACGUGGAAAAAUUCAGUGUCUCGAAAUCCUACUUCGUAUCAGAAUCGCCCCUGUCCGCAUCACCGCUCCAAGCCUUGCAUGGAUCUCAAGCUGCGGCUCCCUGCGCCGAUUACGAAUCUCUAGUGAUAUCUUUAAACAUACCAGUGGAAGAAUCCCAAUCGAUCUCGAAGAGCUAAGAGUGGAAAUGAUAGAGUCGCCAUAUCCAAGUGUCGAAGACUGGAGACGGUCCGAUUCCUGGGCCAUCGACGCUGGCCAAAGGGCACAUAUUAUCGCCGUUGGAUAUCAAGUGAAAAUUCAUUUGGAAUAUCCGACAACCUCCUGGAGCGGAGCAACUCCUCGACCUGAGAAUAAGAAAUCCUCCAUACUUCAACGGAUGUCCCGGAGCGGCCGCAAACUGCUUUCGAGUUGA